GGGACCGGGAUGUGUUUGUGUGUAUGCCCACCGGAGCAGGAAAGUCUCUCUGCUACCAGCUCCCUGCAGUCAUGUCUAAAGGCAUCACUCUGGUCAUAUCGCCUCUCAUCGCUCUCAUUCAGGACCAAGUGGACCACCUCCGGGAGCUGAACAUUCCCGCCUGCUCCAUCAACUCCAAGCUUCCGGCCGGGGAGCGUCGGCUGAUCCUCACGGACCUGGAGAGCGAGAGCCCCCGUCUGAAGCUGCUCUACAUCACCCCGGAGAUGGUGGCGUCGCCGUCCUUCCAGCCCUGCCUGACCGGCCUGCUGUCCCGCCGGCUGCUGUCGCUGCUGGCCGUGGACGAGGCGCACUGCGUCUCCCAGUGGGGCCACGACUUCAGACCCGACUACCUCAAGCUGGGCAAGCUGCGCAAGCGCCUGAAGGGGGUGGUGUGCGUGGCGCUGACGGCCACGGCACCCCAGAAGGUGCAGAAGGACAUCGAGGAGUCUCUGCAGCUGCACGCCGUGCUGUGCUACACCACGCCCGUGUUCCGCAGCAACCUGUACUACGACGUCAUCUUCAGGGAGGCGCUGGAGGAGCCCUACGCCCACCUGCACGCCUUCGUGAAGGAGGCGCUGGCCGCCGGCGGGGGGGAGCAGGGCUGUGGGAUCGUCUACUGCCGGACCAGAGACAACUGUGAGACGGUGGCGUACCAGCUGACCAAGCUGGGGGUGCUGUCCAAGGCCUACCACGCAGGUCUGAAGACGGCCGACCGCUCGGAGGUCCAGAGCGACUGGAUGCAGGGCAAGGUGCUGGUCAUCGUGGCCACCAUCAGCUUCGGGAUGGGGGUGGACAAGGCCAACGUCAGGUUCGUGGCCCACUGGAACCUGGCCAAGUCCCUGGCCAGCUACUACCAGGAGUCGGGGCGCGCGGGCCGAGACGGGCGGGCCUCCUCCUGCCGGACCUACUACUCCCCGCGCGACAAGGAUCAGCUCCUCUUCCUCAUCCGCAAGGAGGCCGGCCGCAAGCAGGGGAAGCGGGGGGCUCAGAAGGAGACGGACAAGUCGGGGAUCAAGGACUUCGAGGCCAUGGUGUCGUUCUGCACGCAGGAAAGCUGCCGUCACGCCACCAUCUCCAAGUUCUUCGGCAACGCGCCCCCCAGCUGCUCCGGGGCCUGCGACUUCUGCCGCGACCCCAGGAAGGUGCGGGCGCAGCUGGAGAAGGCGUCGGCCGGGACGCGCAUCGCGGGCGCCCAGAGCCACGCCCCCCCGGGCGCCUUCGGCUUCGACCGCGACCUCUACGCCGGCGGCAGGAAGGGCUACGGCUUCGAGAGGCACGAUGAAGAGGGCGAGGAGGGAGGCAGCGGCGACGAAGACCCUUUACUGAGGAAGAAGCAGUUUGGCAACCUCUUCAAGAAGCAAAUGAACCUGCGCAAGGUGUCUGAAGGAUCCAAAGAAGACUUUACCCUCCCAGAUGAGGACUGCCCGUUAAGGGAUGCCAGCAGCCGGAAGGUUCCACGCCUGACCGUGAAGGCCAGGGAGCAUUGCCUCUCUCUGCUGCAGGAAGCGCUCUACGGCCACCAGGGGGCGGAAAAGACCUACAACGAUGUGGUCUCCCUCUCCGUGGACCUGGAGUACGAGGUCUUCAAGAGCAGCAAGUCCUCCAACCUGUACAAGGCCGGGGUCCUGAAGAAGGUGUCGGAGGUGAAGAAAGGCGCUGCCAUGACGACCGCCACGGGAAGAGCAGAAGAAGAGAAGGAGGGCGGGGCCUCCGACCGGACCAGCAGUGAUUCUGGUGUUUCCAUGGCGACGGGGGUGGACUCCUCCUCCUCCGGGUCGAGCUCCUCCCAUCAGCCUCUGGGGGAGCUGGGGGGCUUCACCACCGCCUACCAGGUCUACUCCCUGAAGCGUAAGCGGGUGGGGGCGGGGCUGCGGGGGUCCUCGGACCCCUUCCAGACGGCCCGGGAGCUGCGGGACGCCGGGGGCGGGGGCUUCCACCCCGACGCCCCCGGGGAGCCUGCUGCCGCCGCGUCGUCGGGGGCGACGGAGGUGAAGGACCCCGUGGGCGGGGCCAGCCGGGCGGGCCGCGCCCCCAGCAGGAAGCAGCAGAAGAUGGAGGAGGCGGCCAAGAACACCCGCAGCAUCUCGCUGUACUUCGGGGGCGGACCCCCGGAGACCGCCGGGGACGUUCCCACGGCAACCGGCGGUCCGCUGGGACACCCGCCAGAGGCAGAAGCCGCUCCGCAAACAGACGACGACGACGACGACCCCGCUGAGUCGGUUGCCAUGGACACCGCCUUCGUCUCCGACGUGGUCGUGAUCGAGGAUGAUGAAGACGACGACGAUGAUGUGAUGGAGGUUCCUGGGACGGAGGGCUGGGCCCGGCUCGGGGGCUCGGCUGACCCGGACGAGGAGAAGCCAGCAGACCUGACUCCUGCCGACGAGGAGCCCGGACCUCCUCCCGCCCAGAGGCCCUCAGGUGACGGAGCUGCCGGGCGCGGUGAGGCCCCGCCCUCGGCCCCGCCCCCGGCCCCGCCCCCGGCCCCGCCCCCCGCCCAGCAGAGCAGGGAGGAGCCGGAGGACGUCUGCAGGCGCAGGGUGACCUUUAACCCCCAGGUGGAGGAGAGUCUGCUGAAGGUCAGCGACACGCCCCCCAAGCCGGCGACCCUGAAGGAGGUAGCGGACGUGGUGGUCCGCUGCCUGGACCCCUUCUACAAGCAGGGCAAGUUCUCCACCAAGGAGCUGUUCAAGGCGUUCGCCCGCCACCUGUCUCACCUGCUGGCCGAGGGGCGGAGCCGAGGGAGGGGCCAAGUGAAGGCGGAGGCCAAGGCGCUGAUCCAGCAGUUCUUCGGGGGCGUGUCACGCUGCAAGGCGGAGGCCGACUGGGCGUUCCUCCGCGCCCCCCAGGGGCCCACGUAGCGGUGGGCGGCCGCGUGCUCUUCAUCAUCAGUGCCUCCUCUUCCUCUCGCGACUUGACGAGGGAAGUCCUGCCCCCCCCUCCUCCCGCCACCUCCUGUGGUUCUGCUGCUCGGACACGACCACACCGAACCCCGCCGACGGCCGGCGGCUUGAACACCGACUCACGUAGAGCUGACAGACGUUAGCCAGACUUUAGCCAGAUAUUAGCUGGACAUUAGCCCGAUGUUAGCCAAAUAUUAGCUGGACAUUAGCCCGAUGUUAGCCAGAUAUUAGCUGGACAUUAGCCCGAUGUUAGCCAGAUAUUAGCUGGACAUUAGCCAGAUAUUAGCUGGACAUUAGCCCGAUGUUAGCCAGAUAUUAGCCAGAUAUUAGCUGGACAUUAGCCCGAUGUUAGCCAGACGUUAGCCGGACUUGAGGUUGAAUGAUGACUCACUAACCCAGAAGCGUUGUCUUGUUGGUGCUCAUUGCUGCUGGCAGCGGCUGACGCUCUGGAACCUCUGGAACGUUCUGAAACCAAACGAACAUAAUGACCAGCGGCGGACGGUUCCACCACACAGCUCGUUACCUUAAUUAAAACCACACUGCUCGUUACCUUAAUUAAACCCACACAGCUCGUUACCGUAGGUAAAGCUCUGUGUGUAUAGCAGUCCUUCUAG